AUGCCUAAAGCCAUGGAAGUGAAAACUCAUUCCUGUCAGCCAGAUGUGGAGACAGGAAAAUCGAAAAGCGAAGGUAAUAAUGAGUCUGAGGGCGAUUUCCACAACACUGGUCAGAUAAUCCUUCUUAUACGCUCUUAUAAGGAAGCACCGGUAUCUUUUGGGACAAUUCUGCCAGUGUAUAUAGUGUUAAUCGUGAUUGGAAUCUUCGUAAACGGAGCUGUUUCUAUGGUUAUGCUUCGAGGAAAGCGCUUCAAGAAAAACGCCUCAAAUUUCUUUAUUUUUCAUAUAACUUUGACAGAGCUUGCCAUUCGCCUGGUUCUCCUUCCACUCUCGCUACAUUCUCUACUUUCAACAGAAGGAACCGAAAUCUUCCAAUGCAAGAUUUUAACAUUGCUUUCGAACACCUUCUCUUCGGCCAUCUUUGUUAGUUUGCUUGCCAUUGCCUUGGACAGGUAUUGCAAUAUCAUUUAUCCGAUGAAAUGCUUGAAAAAGAAGAGAAAACUUCUUGAUCUGGUUUUUCUAGUUUGGUUGUACGCUGUAGUCAUAACAUGUCCUUUUGUGGUUAGCGUGGAAACCAUUUCUGUAAAUGAAAUUCCAGAGGCAAAAGGAAUGGACUGUGUAAAUUGCACGGCUCGAAAAUUGUGUGACAUACCACAAAACUUAAUGGGUCAGCUUUCGACAAUUUCGUAUUUCGUUUUCGCUUUUCUUCUCCCUGUGACUGUCAUUUUUCUUCUAUACACAAGAAUUGCAAUCUGUUUGCAUAAAAGAAGCAACAAUGGGAUGGCGCAAAAAGUUGCAGCAAGGGCAAAAUCUAAAGCAGUGCGCAUGCUCAUUCUGACCGUCUUUGGGUAUAUGCUGUCGUUAGGCCCUGCCGCUGUCUACGCGAUGGUGAGAUCUUGCGGGUAUCUCAAUGGCAUGUCGUUUGGAAGCAUACUUAAAGCGAGCUGGGCGAUAAAACUUGUGACGCUGGCGAGUUCACUUGGAAAUCCUGUUAUCUAUUCUUAUUAUAACGGGGACUUCAGAAAGGAGUUUGUGAAGUCUUGUUUUUCCAGGAAAAAUAACAACAGUACAUCUUUUCAGUCCAUCGAACUUAAGUAA